AGACCGCGGCCACAAUGAUUUCCAGUCUUCCUGUUGACCGGAACACCCCGUCAGCCAUGUCUGCGUUUUCCGCCUCUCUCGCCACCGCCGGCAGACCAUCUCCGACGAAGGUCUCCGUUCCUUCAUCUCUCACUCUCUCUCGUCCGUUUGCCACUUCAUUCUCUCUUUUCUGGCCGCAAACCUCCAUUGCCUUGAAAGCUUCGCGAUUGCGAGUCCUGGAGAAUCGUGAAGUGCUGACGGAAACAAGCUCCUCAUCCGCCGCCACGGUCGCAGUCCGCAACGAAGAGUCAUUGGACUGCACCGUGUUCGAAGUACGGGCUCGGAAUCGAAUCGGGCUGCUCCAGGUCAUCACCAGGGUUUUCAGCGUCCUCGGAUUGAAAAUAGACAGGGCAGUGGUUGAAUUCGAGGGGGAAUUGUUUGUAAAGAAGUUUUACGUCACUGAUCUCCGGGGCAGGAAGAUCGAGGAUGAUGAGAAUUUGGAGAGGAUUCAGAUGGCGUUGAUGGAUGCAGUGGAGGGUGGAGGCCAUGGGGCGGUGGCGCCGAGAGUUGGAGAUGGUGGGAGAGGGGUGGCGUUUAGGAAAGCUGGGUUAGGAAUUGAUUCGAGGGACCGGAAGGGGAAGGCGGAGAGGAUGUUUGGGUUGAUGGAUGGGUUCUUGAAGAAUGAUCCUGUUAGUCUGCAAAAGGAUAUUCUGGAUCAUGUUGAGUUCACUGUGGCUCGAUCAAGGUUCAACUUUGACGACUUUGAAGCCUAUCAAGCAUUGUCGCACAGUGUAAGGGAUCGUCUUAUUGAAAGAUGGCAUGAUACACAUAUCUAUUUCAAGAAGAAAGAUCCCAAGCGAGUAUACUUCCUUUCACUUGAGUUUCUCAUGGGUCGUUCUCUAUCAAAUAGUGUCAUAAACCUUGGCAUCCAGGACCAGUAUGCUGAUGCUUUAAGCCAGCUUGGGUUUGAGUUUGAAGUCUUAGCUGAACAGGAAGGAGAUGCCGCACUUGGUAAUGGUGGUCUAGCUAGGCUAGCAGCUUGCCAGAUGGAUUCUUUGGCAACACUGGACUACCCUGCUUGGGGUUAUGGACUACGUUAUCAAUAUGGGUUAUUCCGUCAAAUCAUAAUGGAUGGGUUUCAACAUGAACAACCUGAUUAUUGGUUAAAUUUUGGAAACCCCUGGGAAAUAGAACGUGUUCAUGUAUCAUAUCCAGUGAAGUUUUAUGGGACCGUUGAAGAGAAAGUUUCAAAUGGAAAAAAGUUUAAAGUUUGGAUACCUGGAGAAGCAGUUGAAGCAGUUGCUUAUGACAAUCCUAUACCUGGUUACGGAACACGGAAUACCAUCAAUCUGCGACUAUGGGCUGCAAAACCAAGCAACCAAUGUGACAUAGAGUCCUAUAACACUGGAGACUAUAUUAAUUCAAUUGUAAACAGACAGAAAGCUGAGACUAUUAGCAAUGUUUUGUACCCUGAUGACCGCUCUUACCAGGGCAAGGAACUACGUCUGAAGCAACAAUAUUUCUUUGUUUCAGCAUCAUGCCAAGAUAUUAUUAGGAGGUUUAAAGAUCUUAAUGAUAACUUUGAACUAUUUCCAGAGAAGGUGGUUACUCUUUUGUGGAAUGGUUGCUCUUCAGAUAAAUGACACCCAUCCAUCUCUUUGCAUUGUUGAGAUAAUGAGAGUGCUCGUUGAUGAAGAGAACUUGCCUUGGAGUAAAGCAUGGGAUAUUGUGUGCAAAACAUUCUCCACCACUAUUCAUGCAGUACAACCUGAAGCACUUGAGAGAAUUCCUGUAGAUCUAUUAGGCAGUAUUCUUCCACGCCAUUUGCAGAUUAUAUAUGACAUAAACUACAAAUUCAUGGAAGAGUUGAAAAAACAGUUUGGUCAGGAUUACAGUCGACUUUCUCUCAUGUCCAUCGUCGAGGAAGGUGCUGUGAAGAGUAUAAGAAUGGCAAACCUGUCUGUUGUUUGUUGCCACACUGUGAAUGGAGUUUCCAGAGUGCAUUUGGAGACACUGAAGCAAAAAGUAUUCAAGGUUAUUGUUUUUCACU